UGCGCGAAGCCGCACAAGGCGGCGGUGUUGAGGAAAAGUCAACAAGUCUCCUGCUGACCCCAUCUUGAGCCCUUUCAACACACGUCCUGUGCGCAUGCUGAAAGCAGAUCUGAAAAAUCCAAAUCCCUCCACAGGUGGCAAAUUUCUCUGAAAUACUCCCAGAAAGGGGACAGUCUCAAACGUUUCAUGGACGGAAAAAUGUUACGUCGCUUCAUCUGGGAAAACUGCUCACCAAAUUUCACGUGCAUGACAACUCAGGCCCAUUCAACCUCUCGAAAUAUUCAAACAACUGGCGUUCUUUUGCUUCGCUUUUACCGUUUUUUUCCAUGUAUAAUGCGCCCCCAUGUAUAAUACGCACCCUAAAAAUGGCAUGCUGGAAAAAAGCCUGUACCCAUGUAUAAUACGCACCCAAAUUUUGACUCCUACUUAAGUCGGUCAACGUAAAAUUAUUUCAGAAAAAAGAUCAUCUUUGGGAACAACCGGAUGUUAUUCUGCCGGUCAGUAUCACUGCGCAUGCGCUAGCAAACUCAAUAGCGAAGAAAUGUUUCGGAUUUGUGUAGGGUACAUUGUGACAGCAAACGAGCAGGUGAUCGAGCGAGCGUCUGAUACCAGAGCAUUGUGUUUGAAGUGAACAGCAGAGAAGAAAGCGCAUCUGUAAUGGCGGCCUCCGUAUCAUAUCCGGAUUAAAAAAAAAUAUUAAAAAAAAUUGUACCCAUGUAUAAUGCGCACCCCAGAUUUUAGGACAAUAAACUAGUUAAAUUUUGCGCAUUAUACAUGGAAAAAAACGGUAGUCCCGCGUGGCAUCUUUCACGUUCAUGCUCACGAUAUACUUGCAAUCUCAACUAUGUACGUAUGAAUUUCUGAGCGUGUCGAAAAUGUUAUUACGAAUGUGAGGACAAUUAAGUGUGUCAUGGUAGUAAGCACGAGCAUCCACAGAAGGGACUCGCAAUUCCAGGGGCGUAGCUAGAAACAUUUCCGUGAGGGGUGGCUGUGCGUACAACAUCAAAUUUGAAAUCGUCAAAAACUUUUAAAAUAUAGCACCUGGCUUUUUCAGCAUUAAGGCGGCAGGAUAAAAACGACAAAAGUAGAAAAAAGAAAGUAAAGCGUCUUUACCGUUAUUAAUCGGAUUAUAUCAAAAUGAGAUGUUGCCAUAGCAACACUGACGAGGCGUUAUAUCGACGCAAGGAAGACGUGCAAUGAAAGUGAAUUUCCGACGCUAACCCACUUAGCGGCUGCUCUCGUGCGUGCGUGUCGACUCUUCACACAACCUGGUGAAAUGGUCCCGCGGGCCGGAUAGGAUCUUUUGCGUGACUUUUGACCUGUAAGAAUUUGCAAUCUACCUGACACACACACACAUCAGCAGUCCUGUCUUGCAGCAUCAGCUUGUCCCAUAUGAAAACCGGGCCGCAGUUGCCUAUGGCGUCACCUAGUGGCCAUUUGAUUUGCCAACACGAGUUCAAAUUUAGACCCCUAAAGAUCCAUUUGACUCCGCCCAACAGCUCACCUGAAGCACAGGUGUCACAUGACCAGGGCGUGGCCCUAACAGGAACACGCCAAACCUCCUUACUCGAGUACUACGUCAUCAUCAUGGUGGAAACAAACAACUAAACAUCGUGUGCACGUGUCCAAUGACCAUCCUUCUCGCUGGUCGGCUCCAGCUGGCGCCUCGCCUAUUUCGUAUAUUUGACAGGGAGGUGACAAAAUGGCUGUCAAGUUUGAAGUCUCCCCGGCAACCAAAGUCCUCGAUCCACCCGUUGGGUUUUGUUGUCGGGCGAGCGGAUUGGCGGGACGAAGGAUCACGUUGGGCCGUGACGUCAGGUCACCUGAAACGCACCUGAAAGCGACACCUGCUCGCCAAGCGCCGCGCGGAAAACCUCCGCAGAGGCGUUCCUCCCGGCUCCGUGCGAGAUGGCCGUUCAGAUUCCCGACGACUCGGACUUCUCUUCCUUCAAAGAUCAGUGCCUCGGCACCCAAGGCUGGUCCAGGCGCUACCACAAGGGAGGGGUCACCGUGUGGUGCCGCCCCGACGACAGCGACAACGUUCAGAAGAUCAAGAUGAAAAUCGUCUGCAAGGGCGUGAGCGCCGAGACGCUGUACGACGUCCUCCACGACACCAGCUACCGCAGGAAGUGGGACACCAGCAUGAUCGACACGUACGACAUCGGCAGACUGACCGUCAACGCCGACGUGGGCUAUUAUUCCUGGAGGUGUCCCAGUCCACUGAAGAAUCGAGACUUUGUGACCUUGAGGUCGUGGCUCCCUCUGGGCAGCGACUACCUGAUCAUCAACUAUUCUGUCAAACACCCGGAACAUCCCCCGAAGAAGGACUUUGUCCGCGCAGUGUCCCUGCUGACCGGGUACUUUGUCCAGUCUAGCGGAGCCGACGGCUCGUCUCUGUACUACCUCACUCAGCUGGACCCUCGAGGUUCCUUACCAAAGUGGGUGGUGAACAGAGUCUCUCAGUUUGUGGCGCCCAAGGCCAUGAAGAAGAUCUACAAGGCUUCUCAGAAGUAUCCCGAAUGGAAGCGUAAGCACAACCCUCACUUGAAGCCGUGGACGUUUCCGGAGCAGAACGCCUUGCCGUGCAUCAGCUUGUCCGAGCUGACCCUGCAACGCGCCGAUUCGUUAGAGAACAUCGACGAGAGCGGCCUGAGCGAGGAGAAGAGCAAGCACAGCGAUGACGACGACGAGACUUGAUCGUGUCCACGCUUUAUCGUGGCUUUUGCCUUUUCGGUUUGUGUGAGUGGAGAAAAAACAACAACAUUUGAAAGUUAUUUGAAUCAUUAUUAUCCAAAUAAAUCGGCUCGUUUUCUAUCUUGAA